AUGUCCCAAACCUGCAGCCGAUAUACAACAUCCCGGACCGCUUACGAGCAUUUGCAGUGCCUCAUCAACUUUAUGGAUAGUGACAUCAAGAAAAAACUUGAUUAUCUUGUUCACUGUCGGACUGUGGUCUUCUCAGACCUCUGGUAUCUGUUCAAAAAAGGUGAAGAAGUAAUCGACCAUAACCAAGGUCAGGUCUACCGCAUCAUAAGCAUGACGAGUCCUGGCCAUCGCACACCUUUGAUCCUGAACUGCGUGUAUAUAGACUUUGAUGACAAGAGCCUGGGCCCCGUGAGCCGACAGGUUCGCAUCCCGCAAGCGUUCCCCCUUCGUUUCGCGGACGAGGGCAGCGAUGAUCCCGGAGAAACAACCUUCCGGCAGAGAAUGAUUGCCCGCAGAAAGUUGUUUCUCAGUUCAACAAGCUUUAAGGAAAUGCAUUCUAGCGGAUGGACCCUCGAUACCCGGGAUGAGGUUGACAGACAGGUGGUUGUGGACUUUCAGAAGGCCUUUGUGGCUCAAGAGAACACAGAAAAGGGUUGGAGGCCAAACUUGGAGACUAUCAUAGGCCAAGAGCCCGAAGAGGAUAAAAGGGACGAGUGUAAUGCAAGCUGUUGUCAAUGGGAGAAUAUUCACAGAGACAACUAUGCGGACACCAAUUGGAACCGGGAGUAUAUGGCCUCGCUCGUGCCCCAAGACCGGCGGCAAGAGCCUUCACCAGUUCUGCUCCCUCGCUCGCUGGAGGGAAUUUAUGAUUUGGACAGUGCUUUCUGGGAUGAAGAUUUGCUCAUCCUGUCUUAUCGUGUUUUUUGUUUCAUUCUGCGUAGUCGGAAGUGGUACUGCCUUGACCAGCUCGUACUUCCCCAGGGCCAUAAAGAAAUGGUUGAGUCAUUGAUUGCGCAACAUUUUCGGGAUAAAGAUGCUGCAAGAACCCAGGUCAAAGAUGACCAACAAUUCGACACCGUUCGUGGUAAAGCUCCUGGUGUCGGAAAAACCAGCACGGCAGUCGCUGAAAUGUUUCGAAAACCUUUAUUCCAGAUAACCUGCGGUAUAGACUUGGGAACUACCGCACGAGAAGUCGAGCAAGCGCUUGAGAUGCAUUUUACCCUGACGAGUCGGUGGGGGUGCGUUCUACUGCUGGAUGAAGCAGAUGUGUUCUUGACAGCGCGAAGCAAGACCGACUUUAUCCGAAACGGGCUGGUAUCUGUCUUCCUUCGUGUGAGGGAGUACUACGCAGGUGUUUUGUUCCUAACCACCAACCGCGUUGGCGACUUUGACGAGGCAUUUGCGUCCCGAAUCCAUAUCAGCUUGUACUAUCCCCAGCUCAAUGAGCAAUCAACAGUAGCGAUCUUUCGGCUGAACCUAAAGCUGAUUAAACAACGAUUCGACUCUCGGAGCCGAAAGAUCGACAUUGAUGAACCAGAGAUCGUGGACUACGCGAGGUGGUUUUUCAACAACCACAAAGAAAAAUGGAACGGCCGUCAGAUCCGCAACGCUUGCCAGACAGCUCUGGCCUUGGCCGAAUACCGCGCGCAGGGUGACCGGUCCAAGCAAGUCGUCGAUGUGGACGCAGCUGUCCAUUUGACCACGCAGGACCUCGUCACGGUCUCCAAUGCCUAUGAGCAUUUCAUGGUGUAUAUCAACGAGGUGCGUGGGGCAGACUCGAUCAGCACUGCUCAGACGACAGCCGCACCAGUGGUGCCCCAGUCGAAUGUUCCCAAUGCUCAUCCGAUGCAGCCUGCGCCAGUGAGUGCGGCUUAUGCGUAUCCGCAAUACAAUACUACCGGGGCUCCCCAGCCAGCCUAUCCCUACCCCUACUUCCCUCAACCGAUAUAUUCCCAAGCGCCCGCGCAGGGUCCCGUAACUUAUGGACCCCAACCUGGCACACAACAAGGACAUCCACCAGACGCAAAUGCUGCUGCUGCUGCUACAUGGCCUGGUCAGCAGCACCAGCAGCACCAGCAGCCACCACCUCAGGGUGGGCCGACUGCCAACUAG